GAUGAGAUAAAUGCAAUGCGACGCGUGUGGGUCUUUCUGGAUAAAACUAGAAAUUUGGGGAAACCCCAACCCUUUGUAAAAAACGAAAACCGCAACACUAUAUAACUGCGUCCUUUUCUUUCUCUUUAUUCAAUUUCUGUUUUGCAUCACAUUACCAUUACGAUUUCGAUUCGUUGUUUUCAAUGGAAGCGUUCUUCAAUUCCCAAUCGUCUUCUCGAAGCCGCUGGAGCUACGACACUCUCAAGAAUUUCCGUGAGAUCUCUCCGCUCGUUCAGAAUCACAUCAAACGGGUUUAUUUUACGUUAUGUUGCGCUGUGGUGGGUGCUGCGGUUGGAGCGUUCCUUCAUGUAUUGUGGAAUGUUGGGGGUUUUCUGACUACGGUGGCGUCCAUUGGAAGCAUGGUGUGGUUGCUAUCAACGCCCCCUGUUGAAGAGCAGAAGAGGGUUUCUCUGUUGAUGGCUUCGGCUCUGUUUCAGGGCGCUUCAGUUGGACCUUUGAUUGAUUUGGCUAUCGCUGUUGAUCCUAGCCUUAUCCUUAGCGCAUUUGUGGCAACUUCCUUGGCUUUUGCUUGUUUCUCUGCGGCAGCAUUAGUUGCGAGGCGUAGGGAGUACCUCUACCUCGGUGGGUUGCUUUCUUCUGGGUUGUCCAUUCUCAUGUGGUUGCAUUUUGCUUCCUCCUUCUUUGGGAACUCAAUAGCGCUCUUUAAGUUUGAGUUGUACUUUGGGCUUUUGGUGUUUGUCGGCUACGUUAUAGUAGAUACCCAAGAAAUUAUUGAGAGGGCUCACUUUGGCGACCUGGAUUAUGUGAAGCAUGCAUUGACCCUGUUCACUGAUCUGGCUGCAAUCUUUGUGCGGAUUCUUAUCAUACUGCUUAAGAAUUCAUCUGAAAGAAAUGAGAGGAAGAAGAAAAGAAGAGAUUGAUUUUCUGAUUUACCCGGCUUGGGUUUCUCUCGAAUAACACAGUUUGUGGAAAAUACAUAUGUAGCUGUUUAUGAAGUUUAUGGUCUCCGUGUGUAGUUAGAUAUGCCUUUGUGUUAUGCUUAAACGGUAAAUGUCAGGAUUUCUUUCAAACAUCUAAGUUUAUGUUUGAAUAACAGUUGGAAAAGCACUUUUUUUGUGAAUUCUAAUCUACAAUUCUGAAUUCCAAUGUACAAAAUGAAGAAAGAUAUUGUUACUUUAACAAUAAGAGUAUUAACUGAUAUUUAAAUAUACAAUAAAUAUGCAUUUGUAAUUAAUU